UCUUACGUCUUGCAUCAUGACUGGUCGUGGAAAGGGAGGAAAGGGAUUGGGAAAGGGAGGUGCAAAGCGUCACAGGAAGGUUCUUCGUGAUAACAUCCAGGGUAUCACCAAGCCAGCUAUUCGUCGUUUGGCUCGUCGAGGCGGUGUCAAGCGUAUUUCUGGCCUGAUCUACGAAGAAACUCGUGGUGUCUUGAAGGUAUUUCUUGAGAACGUUAUUCGUGAUGCUGUAACGUACACCGAGCACGCUAAGAGGAAGACUGUGACUGCUAUGGACGUCGUGUACGCAUUGAAACGUCAAGGAAGAACCCUUUAUGGUUUCGGCGGUUAAAUGUAUCGAUAGAGCAUACAUGCAAAAAAACGGCCCUUUCCAGGUCCACCAGACUUCUCACAGGGAAUCAA